AUGUCUCUAGCCGUCAAGCGGAUCGGACUCGAACUUCAUGAACAUACUUCUCUCUUUGACACUUAUAUUGACGAAUUCGACUCAGUGGAAAGUAAUUGCAGUUAUGUUGUUGGUUUUUAUAUUCUCUCUAGCCCUUUGCUAGUGACGGACUUCGCAGCGCAGAACUUAAGUCUAUUUGUCUUGCACAUCUUGUCGGUUCCAGGAUUCGUGCUGCACAUCAAUUCGUUAACACCGGAGGCCUACGAUGUUUUUGUCCGAGAGCGCCUUUGUUCCCACGUCAUUACUUAUCUCUCCGAAAGCUCUCAGAACCAAAAACUUAUCCUUGACGGCCUUGAAGGCUCCUAUGCCCUCUGCCUAAUAGCCAACCUUAUCCACUUGAGUCUUCUAGAAAUAGAAGUUCUCGUCGAACAUUGCGAAGAGUUUUGUAUUGUCGUCUCUAAGCUGCUAGAUCGUUUGGGUGGUUACGUUGGCCGCAAGAAGUCCAAUCUCACCAGCUGGCAUCCAAUUCUUGGCUGCCUGCAGGCAGCAGUGCCCCAUGUGACCAGUCAGCUACGUUUGCUAUGGCAUGGUCGUAUGGUACGACUUCUGUUCGCUGAUCUCUACGAACAGGAGGACCUAGAUGGGACUCAGAAUCCUGUCGCAACUGCCUCUCCUACCUCGGGUCAGUCUCGGUCUGCUGUUAUUGCUGCGGCUUCCAAGCCCAUCUCUUCCUUGAAGGAGUCGCAGAAGCGGCCAGCACGUAUUCGGCCGAGUGAACAGACGGUCACUGAGCGCCGGUCGGUUGAAGUGCCCAUCUACCCACACCAUCACUCUCGCAAUGGUCUCGGUCCAGAAGACCUUCCACAGUCCAUCAAAGCAGUGUGCAUGCUAUACUGCUUCACCAUUGGAUCUCUCAAGGAGAUUAGGAAUGACAUUCUCGCCGGUAGUUGCCAUCUUUUAUUUACUGACUCAGUCUCUAGUACGCACCCACGUCCCUUCGGGGCUAUACUCAUAUCAUCCAAGGGAUGUAGUUUUUGA